UCAUUGUCCCGCGAAAUCAAAACAAGGAAGAGGUCCACAUACGAAGCAAAAACUAGGACUUGUGUAGAAAUCGCGUACAGGGUAAAUCUAACAGCGAUUUAAAUGGUUUUUCAGUUAUAAUGCCGUUAUCUGUGCCGUGUUACCGAGAGCUCGGGGGUUUGUUUUGCGUCUGAAAGGCGUUUGAUAGCGAGCGAAGUGCGGAAAGUCUGAUGUUUGUCUUGAUAAGUGAGUGUGGAGCAGAGUGGACCGAGGGUCAUUUCGUGGUUCACGCAGGCUGAGUCGGUAUGAAGGGGUUCAGGUGUCCAGCUCGACACGGCUACGCUGUGGAAGUCUCCCCCUUUCUCCCCGGCAGACUGGCCUGCGCUACAGCUCAGUAUUAUGGCAUAGCAGGAUGUGGAACGCUGCUUGUGCUGGAACAGAGGGAAGCUGAUAUUCUACUCUUAAGAAGCUUUGACUGGAAUGAUGGACUCUUCGAUGUGACGUGGAGUGAGAGCAAUGAACAUGUGCUGGUGACAGGAGGAGGAGAUGGGUCACUGCAGAUUUGGGACACAGCUAAUCCAAAAGGUCCAAUCCAAGUCCUGAAGGAGCACACGCAGGAGGUCUAUGCAGUGGAUUGGAGCCAGACUCGGGGGGAGAACCUGGUGGUCUCUGGGUCCUGGGAUCAUACAGCCAAAGUGUGGGAUCUGGAACGCUGUCAGUCCGUGUGUACACUGCAGGGCCAUGAGGGUGUUCUCUACAGCACGAUCUGGUCUCCCCACACACCAUCCUGUUUAGCCUCUGCUUCAGGAGACGGGACGCUUCGUGUUUGGGAUGUGAAAACAGGGUUAUGUCGACUGGCCAUCCCUGCACACAAGGCCGAGAUCCUCAGCUGUGACUGGUGUAAAUAUGACCAGAAUAUUUUGGUGACUGGAGCUGUUGAUUGCAGUCUGUGUGUGUGGGACUUGCGGAGUGUGCGCCAGCCUUUGGCUCAAAUGUUGAGCCACACUUACGCUAUUCGGAGAGUGAAGUUCUCCCCGUUUUACAAGACAGUGCUAGCAUCCUGCUCAUACGACUUCACAGUCAGGUUCUGGGAUUACUCCAGGAGUCCGAUGCUGUUGGACACAUUGGAGCACCACUCAGAGUUUGUGUGUGGCCUGGAUUUCAACCUGCAUGUCCCCAACCAGGUGGUGGACUGUUCUUGGGAUGAGACGAUAAAAAUCUACACCCCUCCGUGCUUGGCCGCUCUGCAAGAACUUGCUUCUUAGAAAGUCCCUGCAGUGGAGGAGGAGGUUUUGUUUCAGUGGUGUUGUUUUUUCUCACUCAUAUUCUGACUAAUCCCAUGUCCUGCGCUGGGAUUGGUAGUUUAUAUUUACAAGCUGGAGCUACCGGCACACCGUAGGGCAGGAUAUGCAAGUUUUCCAAGAAUUCACUACUGUCUUUUUAGUGGCAUCUUUAAAAGGAUUAAAACCUCUGGAGCAUAAUGUAAAACAGGCCUGUCCCAGCAGUCAUUGGGUGGAAGGCAGGAAACACCCUGGACAAGUUGCCAGUCCAUCGCAGGACAGCCUGUAAAACAUUAACCUAAAAAUUACAAGCAUUCAUACAUUUAAAUGCUAAUAAUAAUAAUUUUAUGUUAUGUUUAUUAUGCAAUAAUACGUUAAUGCUAUGUUGUGAGCUGGAUAAAAGAAGUUCGGUUGCUCUUCUCCUCAGUGCAGACAUUUGUACAGUACUGCAGAUGUCCAGGAGCAAGGUUGCUCAUCCCAAGCUCAUCCCAAGAGUCAUCAUGGAGUGCCAAAUGUAAAAUUUUCAAACUGUAAAAGCAGUAAAGGUUAUCUUCAUAUUAUCUCCAUGUCCCUAUAUUUUAUUUUUAUCUGAGGUCUAUAACAUUUGUGUGGUUUCAUUUAUCAAACGUGGUCAUAAUUCUUUUUAGGACCAUUUUUCAGCCUCUCUUCAUCCUUUAGAAUCAAUCAGGUUGUUUUUGCUUUUGUGCCUUUAAGACUGGCUCUGUUCUGAUUGCCUGUCCUGUAUUACACCUCGAGCUGAAAUAUCUCUUAUAACCUCAUUGCUAAACUGCUGUAGGCUGGAUAUGUGGAUAUACAGAAAUCAUUUUUUCCAGACAUCACUAAAACAGUGAUUUCAGCAACAGUUUCCCUGAUGUUGCUUCUUCAAGAAAACAGCUGUUUGUGUUCAUCAUAGUGUGUGGAAUGAAAACUGAGGGCCUUCCUGAUAAAUGCUAAAUGUACUGUCCUUUUGGGGGACAGGGGUUAUUUCUCGCUUAGCCAAAUAAACUCAAGCCUGUCCAAAAGAGGAGGUGAAGGACAUUUCUAUUGGCCCUAUUUGGAGAGACAUUAUUUGCAUUAGACAGUCAGUUUUGAUAAGUCUGAACAGUUAAAAAGUGGCGAUGCCACUUUUAAAGAACACUAUCUAAAACGAUGAAUAUGGAGCCUUUUAACAUUCCAUGUACUGUACUGCACUAAAUCCAAUAAACAGGCCUAAUUUGUA